CACAUCGAUAUCGAUGGUCGCGGCCUGUGCGACGGCUAGGCAAUUGACUUGGUUACGCGUUUGGCAUAUACGUGUAACUGCUUGUACGAAAACAUCCAUCCGCCGUGCGUGCAGAAACGGUACCACCCCACACAAACGCUGCCGCUGCCGCCGCCGCCGCGUGAACAAAUACUGCCGUAGCGCACAAGCUGAGCACAAGAGGUCACCAUGAACAUGGGCGGCAUGGGCGAGGCGAAGCUCGACGGCACGCCGUUCAACGUGCUCAUGCAGCAGGCCGUCAAGCUCAAGACGCACGUGCACAAGAUCGACCGCGUCCGCUUCGACGCGUGGCCGAAGUUUUACCAGAACACGGCCUUCGUCAAGGACGAGCACAAGAAGGAGCGGACGCUCGCCUACGACGACCGCAUGGCCUGCGCGCGGGCCUACAAGGAGAAGGGCGACGCGGCCUUUAAAUCUGGAAAGAUGAUCGAGGCCUGCAACGAGUACGAGGCCUGCGGCGGUUUAUUUAAGUGGGCCACGACGCUGCGCGAGGACUGGCGCACGCGGAGUCUGGAAGACGAGGACAUCCGCGAGGAGGAGUUUUUGGGGGAGACGGACGACCAGAGACGUGCGAUCGCUUCUCUGAGAGUGAAGUGCUACUGCAACCUUGCCAGAGCUUACGCGAAACAAAAAGAACAUAAGACCGCGGUGCACGCCUGCGACUGGGCUUUGGCGGUGGACCCGGCGUCGGCCGCCGCUUUAUACUUGCGAGCCGCGUUUCUGACAGAGCCGGCGUCGAGCGGCACGACGGAGCGCGACGCCGCCAUCGCGGACCUCGAGAAGGCUUGUGAAGUCGUCGAGGCGGGGUCGAGGACAGCCAAGGACGUCGAAACGUUGUUACGGGAGUUGAAGAGAUUGCGGCGCGUCGGCCGCGCGAACGAUAAGGCGUACGGCGGCAUGUUCGACCGCGGCGCCGUGUAUGGGGAGGACGAAUCUUCAAGAAGACGGGCGGCGGACGCGCGCGCGAAGAAGGACGAAGCGGCGACGGCGGACGACUUCACGGAGCCGACGCGGCCGGGCGACGGCCGGUGCUCGGCGCGGCCCGCGCCCGAGAGCGAGCUCGCGGCGUGCGACGCGUUGAUCGCGGAGUACGAGCGCACAGGCCAGCACGAGAAGGCGGCGGAGUUGAGGGAUGGCGUGGCGCAGGCGCGCGCGAAAUUAGAAAGAGCGCGCGCCGUCCAGCGGGGCGACGCGGCGCUGGACUUCUCGAAGCCGACGGCGGCGAUGGCCGCGGACGCGAAAGCUAGAGGCAUCGACCUGGACGACCCGCGCGUCCAGCAGAUGCUGCGCGAGCUGCAGGAGGAGCGCCUCGAGUCCCAGACGGAGGCGGGGCGCGCGCGCGUGCGGCGGCGCGACGCGGCGCGCGCCGAGGCCGCGCGCAUGACGACGGCGCAACUUCUGAAAGCUCUGAAGGACGAGGACGUGCCGCACGCGCACUGCGCGAGCGCCGACGACCUGCGGGAGCUUUAUGUGAGGUACCGCGGCGACCCCGAGGCGACGCGCGCCGCGGCGGCCGAGGCGGCCGCCGCGGCGGCGGGCGGCGGCGCCAACUGGCUCCAGCUCGUCGGCGCGAGCCUCCUGUUUGUGUUGUGGCGCGUCUGGACGUCGGGCCUCCUCGCGCCGGCGCCCAGUAGUAAUACUGACGCGGCGCGGAACCCCUACCUCGACGCGGAGCCCCAGGCGGCCUUUGGCGGGGAGGACGGCGAGUUCUGA